GUUUUCGCUGACGGACCAGAAAAUUACAUAUUUGUAAACAGAUUCAGUGAAUCUUCAUAUUGACAUCAUCACCCAAUGUGGAGGAGGAGCAUUCUUCUUUGUUACACACAUCCAUAUGUGGAUUCAUGUGAAAGCUCUCUCUCUCACACACAAACACACAGCACCACAGUUCUUCAAGUGUGUGUGUGUAUCGGCCUGUGUAAGAAAAACAGUGCCACCCAAAACUGUGCCAUGAGAAUUUCUGGCAAAGGCCAGACCUACUCCUCUUACUGUGCCAAUCUCUAGCAUUAACUCAAUAGGAUCGUCCGCCUCUAGCUAGUUGAUUAACAGAGCUGUGUUAAAGAGGGAUUGUUGUCCUGGAAGGAGCUUCCUGCCCUCGAGGAACACCAUCCGCUCAGACUGCCUCCCUCUGGGGCUCAGACGGCAUAUGCUCCGGCUGCAAGUUCCAGAGCCACCCUGCCCCAUAGAGGACCACCCCACCCCAUAGAGGACCAUCCCGCCCCAUAGAGGACCACCCCGCCUGCCCUAACAGCCUCUCGGAGGGACCCACCCCAGGAGCACCAUGGAAGGGCUGGAGGUGGAGGACAUUAGUCCUGCCCUGGAGGCCACUGAGGACUUCCUACACUGCCUGGAUGGGGGUGGAGGCCAAAGCCACUGCCAGGGUGGGGAUGGGUUCCGGCAUCCCAGGCAACACCACCCCAAGCUGCAGGAGAUGUCUGCAGCCCUGGGGAAGCUGAGCUCAAGCGGGGUUUGGGGCCUGCUGGCCAGGGAGCAGGGGACUGAGGUGUCCCCCCGUAACGUGGCCUGGGCUGACCAGCCCUCUGCCUUCAGUGUGCUGGCUCUGAGGCAGGGGAAAAGGAGUCGUGCUCGUUCCACCAACGACCUGGCUGCCCACACCAAGGAUACCAACAACACCACCUCUAACUCCUCCAACACUGCCUUUAAGAAAGGCCACAACCGCUCACGUUCUGAUGUCAACUACCGGCCGUCCUACACAGACAACACUAAUGGCCUGCCUGCUGUGGACAAGAACAUGCUGAAGAACAUUGCUCUCAACGACCAGAGAGAAGAAGCUCAUAAGGACAGCAGCAGCGGCAGUGUGGUGAAGCAGGGCUCCGUGGAGCAUCGUGAGGGUCAGAAGGGUCGUUGGAGCAUCUGCCACCUAGAGCUGACCCCCUGUGAGCUGCGUCUCUACAGCCUAGACAGCAGUGGUAACCGCCAGCUCUGCACCGCCUACUCCCUGUCCCACUGCCAGGGGGUUAGCCAACCCCAGCCACCACAGGACGGACGAGUCCUCCAGGCCCUCUUCUUCAACAGCUCCACCCGCCUGCAGUUACGUGCCGCCUGCCAGUGGGAGGCGCUAGACUGGAGGAGGCAGAUCUGGGAGAGAGUAUUAGCUGCCCGGCCCGCCCACAAACAGGCAGAGGCGCCUCCAGUCUUAUCCCCGUCGUCAUCCAUCUCCUCUGGAGGUCUCGACACCAGACCAGACCCCAUUGGUCCUGCUGAGGCUGCCCUGACCCCUCAUACCUCGCAUCUCCCCCCAGCCCGGCCCACGGCUCUGCCCCUGUUCACCAAGCACUGUGCUGAUGUCCUCAAGGUGGGUCUGCUCCACCAGCAGACUGACCUCAACAACUGGAGGGCCUUCACCUUCGUGCUGAGUCGUUCCACGCUGCAGGCCUUCCCAACCGAGGGCCGGGGGCCCGUGUCCGAACCUGUCCUCCACUACCCGCUGGCCUCCUGCCUGGUCGUGCAGAGGGACGAGGUCGAGGGGGCCAGCGCCGCCCGUUUCCAGGCAGUCUUCCCCAGAGAGGUGCUCCGUCUGCGGGCUGAGAGCCAACUCAAGGCCCAGGACUGGAUGGAGGCCCUGCUGACGGCCGUGGCGGCCCAGAGGCCCCAGGGGGAGGAGGGUCAGGGCUCCAGCCAGGCCCAGCCAGGUGCAGUGUCGAUGGGGACGGGGGUGCUGCUGAGGACCAAGCCCUCCAGGGAGAGGAAGCAGAGGGAUGCCCAGAGGGCCAAGAGACAGUCAGUCACCACCAGCUUCCUCAGUAUCCUCACCUGCCUGGCUGUGGAGAAGGGCCUGACCACCCAGAGCUUCAGGUGUGCAGGGUGUCAGAAGCCAGUAGGGUUGUCGCGGGGCAAGGCCAAGGUGUGUUGCUACAGUGGCAGGUACUACUGCCAGAGCUGUCAUCAAGACAACCUGUUCCUCAUCCCUGCCCGCCUGCUGCACAACUGGGACACCAACAGACACAAGGUGUCCAAGCAGGCCAAGGAGUUCCUGGAGUUUGUGUAUGAGGAACCCCUGCUGGACGUGCAGCAGCUGAACCCGUGUCUGUAUGAACACUGUGAGGGCCUGGCUGCAGUACUGCGCCUGAGACAGCAGCUCCAGUCCCUUAGAGCAUACCUGUUCAGCUGCCGCGCUGCCGUGGCCGAGGACCUCCGUAGAAGGAUCUUCCCCAGAGAAUACCUCCUGCAACACAUCCACCUGUACUCACUGGCUGACCUGCAGCAGGUGAUUGAUGGGAAGCUGGCCCCCUUUCUCUCCAAGGUGAUUAAGUUUGCCAGUUCCCACGUCUUCAGCUGCAGCCAGUGCAGAGAGAAGGGCUUCAUCUGUGAGAUGUGUCAGAACGGACAGGUCAUCUACCCCUUCCAGGAGAGCGCCACUAAGAGAUGUGAUGGUUGUGGAGCGGUGUUCCAUACAGAGUGUCAUCAGAAGGCCCAGCCGUGUCCACGCUGCGUACACAGAGAGCUCCACCAUAAGAGAGCCUCCUCUUUCUGGAGUCCUGACGACGAUACACCAGGCUGCUUCACACUGCCUUACCAGUACACCUGAUCACAAAUACACACACAUCCUGGGACACACACACACACACA